AUGGCCUGUAACAGCACCUCCCUCCAGACUUACGAACACCGGCUGCUCAAUGGCAGCAACGGGUCGGACUCCGGGGCCACGCUCCUGCCCGCCCCGCUCAGGAUAUCCCUGGCAAUAGCAAUGCUGCUGAUGAUCGCGGUCGGUUUCCUAGGCAACACCGUGGUCUGUAUCAUCGUGUACCAGAGGCCGGCCAUGCGCUCCGCCAUCAACCUGCUGCUGGCCACGCUGGCCUUCUCCGACAUCAUGCUGUCCUUGUGUUGCAUGCCCUUCACCGCCGUCACCCUCAUCACCGUGCGCUGGCACUUUGGGGACCACUUUUGCCGGCUGUCGGCCACGCUCUACUGGUUUUUCGUCCUGGAGGGCGUGGCCAUCCUGCUCAUCAUCAGCGUGGACCGCUUUCUCAUUAUCGUGCAGCGCCAGGACAAGCUGAAUCCCCGGCGGGCCAAGGUCAUCAUCGCCGUCUCCUGGGUGCUGUCUUUCUGUCUCUCGGCCCCCUCGCUCACGGGCCGGACGUUUGUGGAGGUGCCCGCACGGGCCCCGCAGUGUGUGCUAGGCUACACCGAGCUGCCUGCAGACCGCGCCUACGUGGUGCUGUUGGUGGUGGCCGUGUUCUUCGUGCCCUUCGGGGUCAUGCUGUGCUCCUACCUGUGUAUCCUCAACACGGUCCGGAAGAACGCCGUGCGCGUGCACAACCAGUCGGACAGCCUGGACCUCAGGCACCUCACCAAGGCCGGCCUGAGACGGCUGCAGCGGCAGCAGCAGGUCAGCCUGGACUUGAGCUUCAAAACCAAGGCCUUCACCACCAUCCUCAUCCUCUUCGUGGGCUUCUCGCUCUGCUGGCUGCCCCAUUCCGUCUACAGCCUCCUGUCUGUGUUCAGCCGGAGGUUUUACUACAGCGCCUCCUUUUACAGCACCAGUACCUGCAUCCUGUGGCUCAGUUACCUCAAGUCUGUCUUCAACCCCAUUGUCUACUGCUGGAGGAUAAAAAAAUUCCGUGAGGCCUGCAUAGAGUUGCUACCCCAGACCUUCCAGAUCCUUCCCAAAGUGCCUGAGCGGCUUCGAAGGAGAAUCCAGCCAAGCACAGUCUAUGUGUGCAACGAAAACCAGUCUGCUGUUUAG